AUGGCUUCUGCUGACGAAUACAGUUUGACGGAUGAACCCGACUACGAUGGCGACUACUCCCCUCAAGGUCUCGAAGAGGCUGGCGCCAUGCACUUCGAUGGCGAUGAGGAGGACGACGUUGACAUCGACGGCAUCGUGCAAGGCACAAGAAGACGACGAGGUGCACGCUCCCAGGCACCGACUGAGCCCGAAGAGCCCCGACCGACGAGACCGGCAAGACGCAAAGCACCCAAGCGAGGAAGGAGUCCGUCGGUAGAAGUCGUCUUGCCAGACAGAACCAAGAGGAAGAAGACGAGCCAUCCGACGCCAAAGAGUGGCGGAGUCGCGGAGCGGUCUCGAGAAGAGGACAGUUCCCAUUCAUCUUCGCACGAGCCUACCGAGGGUCACGUUCUAUGGGGCCUUGUGCGAGAGAAUUUGUCAAAGAAGAUGUCUACGGCCCGAGUUCGAGAGUAUAUGGAUGAGACGCUUCCUAUCCUGACGAAACGUCAGCUCGAUCGCUUGUUCCCAAAGAAGUUGCCCAAGUCGAAAUACGACGAAGACUGGACCAGGAAAGAUGAGAAGAAGCUGCAAAGGGAGUGGAAGAAGAACGCUGAGCGGGAAUUGCUCGUGACCUUCAAGUAUACCACAGCUGAGCUCAUUGGGCUUUGGAAGGUCUGGCUGCGCGUCUGGCGCUGCUCGCCACAGCUGUUCAUCUCCAAGUACAACAACAUGGAGUUCGACACCAGCGUUGUCGAUGAGGUCGAAAUCGAAAAGAAUGGUCAAGUCUACAAGAGACGACCCGCCAUAUGGUCGGUAGCAUUCUGUCGGAACCUUCACCACCUGUCUCUCCAUCCCGUCUGGAUGGGGCGCCUCGACUUGCUUGCAAUCGCUCUGCAGUACGCCUCCAUCUUACGCACGAGGAACUACCAGGACUGGCCGCUGGAUAAUCCGACGGACGACAACUUCCUCGCCAGCUUUAUCAAUGUGAUUGAGAAGUACAAGGGCAAGGCAACCCUGAAUGCAUCGCCUCUGUCAACCUUGAUGCUGGAUCUUGAGGGGAGCAUUGUCACCGACGCCGAGCCUCGCACGAAUGGCAGGAAGCUCCGAACAUACAAGAUUAGCAUUCACGAGAUCAACAACAUCAUCAGGGCCUUGGCCAACUCUACAUACAUGGGCAUGCCACAAUGGGGAGGCUUCACGCCCAAGGAAUAUGCCAAGCUCGCCGUCUACGGCCGAAGGCCAUCGACAAAGAACACGAAACGCCGAGCCCGACUCAACGUGCCAAAGACUGAGCCUUUUAGAGUCCCAAGUCGCCACAGGGCAGCACGUGAAGAUGAAACGACGGGGGACGCUCAACUGAGAGCGGAUCUUGACGACGCAAUACGCCAGAAAGAAGCCUUAGAGGCUGAAUUACGAGCACGACCACAAAUCGAGAAGUGUAGGAGACGUACCGCUGACGAGAACGCGCACCUGGAGGAACUCCAGGCCGAAAACAAAGAGCGUAACGCUGAGGAGGAUACGCACCUGGAGGAACUUCAGGUUGAAAAAGGACUGAGAGACAAAGUACAAGCCCACGCAGCCGCGCGCACAGUUGGAGACUGGCACCUCAGCGAUUAUGAGACGUGGCCAAAGGCUGCAUAG